AUGAAUCCAUCCUCUCCUCCAUUUGUUCAGAUCAAACCAUCCCUUAAAACGUCGGGUGAUCCUGUCCAAACACCAUCAAUUGCAAGUUCGCAAAAGCCAUCGUUCCGAGAAAAGUAUCGACUUUCCUCUCCUGCUCUAUCUCCAAUCACGGGAAACCUGGAACCCACAGGAAGAAAGCAAGAAGAAGAAGCUCUAUCAUCAACCAACCAUCUUAUUCCAAUCACUCAGCCCAAUAAUCAAAGGCCUAUCUCAUUAAAUUUAAAGGAACUGUUGAACAACAAGAAAGAUAAAUCUCAACUCAAUAGUCCCAUAAACCAAGCAUUCACUCUGGACAUUAAAGAGGUGUCCUCUAACUCACGAUCAAACAACCCUGUUGAUGUUCCACAAACAAGAAACGGUCAACCCCGGCAAGAAGAGCAAAGGGCCACCAGUCCGGUGUUGGAUAUUUCAUUUUCCGAAGAGAUAGAGAGCGAUCACGAAGAUUCUGACGAAGUUCAGGCUCAGCUUGAUCGAAUAUUAAAUAAGAGAAAAGAGAGGGAGGAGUUAAUCAAAGAAGCGUCAACAAACAAGGAAGAGGAAACUGAAGACAUUUUGGAAAUGAUAAGGGAAAGAAGAAAACAGCGAGAAAAUCUUGGUUCUUUGGACUUGGAGGUUCAUAACAUUGACGUAGGCGAACUCGAACUGUUCAACGACGACCAGCAAAAUGAUCCGGCAACUACUGCUGACGUUGACAUUAUGAAUGAAUUCCUUUCAAAAUCAAAUUUAAAUUCAAAGGAUAAUAGUUUUGCAAUAGAGAGCCCAAAACGACCACUGAUACCAAAGCUCUCCUUGUCUCCAAAUGUGGAAGAAACACAUUCUUCGUCAAAGCAAAAAGCUGAAGAAAAAGUGAUUAAUAGUGAAGCAGUGAAAGAAAAAGGCUCCACUGUUCAAGAGGAAAGAACCACCAUUUCUCAAGACCAAACCAGUCCACAAAAGGUUUUGCCACCAAACAACAAGGCAAGCGGUUUUGAGACGAUCAAUGAACUUAAAUCAGAAACUAGCAAUGGUCCAAUCUCAACGCUUCAGGGUACUCUUAACGAGUCUUCCUCUGUUGGUUUUAAUGGCAGUGUUUCUGAAUGGAGAAUUCCAGACCAGAGAUGGAAAUUAUUCAACGCACCAUCUUCUUUCAUGAAUGGUGUGUUCAACAUGGCAGAUUUGGAGCAAAAUAGUUACAUCCAUACGACUUUGCUCACUUAUGAAAAUGAACCUAUACCAGUGCCAACAGUUCAACAAAUGGCAAUGGAAAGAAAACUAGCUGGGUAUCAGGAAAAUUAUUUCUCUAACCUAAAGACAACUCCUCAGUUCGACCCUGCGAUGAAGCGUUUGAAUGAACAACCACCAGAGAACAUGCGAAUGUCAAACAAACCUUUCAAGUUCAAAAACCUUGAGGAUUUGUUUGUCAACCAGUUCGAGCUCAUAGGUGAAAAUGGGCUGAGAAGGUUUGCAUUUAGAUAUGACCUUAAUGGCAACUUUUUGAGAUGCCUUAAAACGAACCAAGCGUUUUUACCUUUUGUUUCUUUAGAAGAAGAUUGUAUCCAAAAGAUAAUUGUGGGAUGCUAUGUUUAUAAAAACACUCCAAAGGGGCAGGUUCACAAAAGAUUCGCAUAUGUGGAUCCAAAGUCAAAAGAGCUGACCUGGAGUGAUUCUGAAACAAAGAAAAAAAGUUCAUCAAAUCAACGAUCCUCAAGAAGAGUUAAACUUGUGGAUAUAGUAUCAAUCAAGGUAUUGGAAAUGACCCAUGAGCAAGCAAGAGCCAUGAAAAUAGUGGUAACACCUGAAGUCACAAAGAGAUUUUAUGGCGUUGUGAUCAUUUCAAGAACAAGAUCUGUGGAGUUUGUUCUGUACGAAACAAGAAACUUUUUCAUCUCUUUCAUUACUGGUCUGGCAUUAUGUGUCCACAAGUUAUCACAAAAUGCGUAA